AUGGCGCCGCGUCAAGUCCCCGACGCAAAAUACCCCUCCGACAGACAGGAAACGGAUUAUGAGCGAUGGCUACAGGAUCACGAUGGCCACUACCAACCGGCUGCGAGGCCUCGGUAUCACCCAUCCCACUCCGAUAUUACCGAAGACGACCCUAUCGACCAGCAAUACACGAUCAUCCCGCCAGUGCACCCAAACGGGAAGAUCGAGAAGAUAGAGCCAAAUCGCGGUGGCGCAGUCGUGCCCGUCUCACGCUACGGAUCCAUUACCUUCCCUAGCGAACACCAUUCCCCCGAGCACCAUUUUCCAUCUCCGCAUUCGAGCAUUGGCGGCCCACUGUUACUUAGGGUUCAAGAUCCAAUGAUACAGUGCAUAGUUGGCUCUGUCUUUGUCAUUGUUGGUCUGCUGGCCAUGGUCUGGGGCUUCAAGAUGCAAUCGCAGGGGCGGCAAACAAGCAUUGUGGCUGUCAAUUGGACGAGGGAAAAUGAAAAGAAGGAAUUGAUUUGA